UACCUCACAUUGUCAACAUGGAAUAAAGGCGACCUACUUCAAAUCCACGUGGUAUUCAUCGCGAGAAAAACUAUUUAUGACACACUUCCCCAAAAAUUUAAUUUGGCUGAAGACGCUUCUGCUUGUUAAAAACACGAGACUUUAUCAAGGGACGGACAUGUGGCCGGAGAUACGUGCGUAACCUAGAUUUGGAAUGUCCUCUCCGAGACGUCACGGGCCUUACCUUUAAAAUGGGUGUCACGACGAAUCUAUAAUAGGAGAUCACUCAAGCAUUUCCGAACAGUAGAGGGUGUGUUUAUGAACCAGGUAUCAGACGGAUACACUUUUUAAUCAGCGUCACUAUUACAGAAACAGUUCUUCAUUCAGCACAGAUAAGUUAUGGCAAAGCGACCAGGAAUUUUUGUAGCCGUGGUCGUCUUAACGUUCCUGGGAUUUUUCUUCCAGACGGCGGGAUUGGCAUUGCCCUGGUGGUUUGUGGUAAACGAUAUAGUGUAUUUGGGAGUAUGGUUCCUCGCCUUCUGCUGGGGUGGAAACAUCGGAUCAGGCAACUGUACGACCAUUACUUUUAGUGCGGCAGAUCAGGCUUCCCAGCCGGGCAGUGAAGUAGCUGGCCAGUGGUUUUACAUCAUAUUCCAGAUCUGUACGACGGCAGGUGUUGGGACAGUGUUGCUGUGUUUGGUCGGUCUCCUGAUUGGUGUUUGUUGUUCCUGCUGUAAAAGCAAAUGUGCCUACGUCUUCUGUUGUGUGGGCCUCUUUUUGUCGGCCCUUCUGGUGUGUCCUGCUCUAGCACUGUUUGGUCUGGCAUAUGUUUACCUUGGUAGCUACAUUUUGGAGACAUUAUCGCCGACGACUUUCCCAUAUUCCGCCUUAGCUUCUGGUUUGGGAUGUUUCAUCACAUUUGUGGCCGGCAUCACACUUGCCAUUGCACUGUGUUCCUGGAACACUUACAUGAGGGACGAUGAGGAUAAUGAUUACCCGGGUACGCCAAUGACACAAACUGGGUAUACAGAUGGCUACAAUAGUAGCAGACAGGGUAACGACAAACAGGGCUACCGACAACAAGGCUACGACAACCAGGGCUACCCACAACAAGGCUACGAAAAGAAAUCACAACAUCACCAGUACGCCCAGCCAAACAAUAUGUACAGACCUGUGGCAUCGAAGCGCUACUGACCAUGUCAACGUCGUCAUAAUAAUACACGCCUCUCCUAUAUAGAGAUAACUACUACAUUGCCUAUAUAAGAAGAUGAUAAGAGUAUUCGUUACUUAUGGUGUGACAAGUCCAUCACAAUUAACAUAUACAUGUAGAAACAUGAGUGGGUGUGUGCAUGUGAACAUUCGAGUUUUGCAUAACAUAAUACAAAUGUAAUUAUUUUGGUUUUAUAAUAAUAUUUCUUGGUUUGUAUAAACAAUGAAUAUGCAUGUUAAACCAACAUUGGAUAUCCUUUAUUGAUAAACUGAUGUGCAAUAAUAUAUUGUAAAUUUAAGAUUGUGUAAUUGUGUUCGGAUGCAUGUGUUGUAUGAUCUGCGCUUUACCAAUGAGAUAAAAUCGGCAUAGUUGUGUUUACAUUGUGAUGUCAUUCCACUUGUUACGUUGACUUAGUGGUUUUACAGGAGUGUGUAGGGUAUGUGUGGUGUGUGUGUGUGGUAUGUGUGUGGUUAAUUGGGGUAGGUUAGUGUGCCGUGUGUUGUUCCGGACUAUUAAACUCGGUAGGGACUGGUUAACACUAUAACAUGCGAACUCCGACGAGACCCGGAGAGAACACGGACUAUGUACACUAUCCUCUAUUUUAAGGGCACAAUUGCAUCUUACAUUAUUUAAACAGUUUUUCGUAUGUACUUCCUUUAGAUCAUAUUCCAUUUACGAUCCAACUCCCUUGCUUUUAUGCAGUCCCAGGUGAUCAUGUUCAUUUAUUGUUUGUGUAUAUUUCUGUGGGCCAGUCGAAAUAACAUUAACGAGUAAUGCAGUUAUUUAAAUCCUGUAAUCAGAUCGAUAAAUGAUGUUUUAUUAAAGUUAUCAUAUCCCACAUGUA